GUCGCCAUGUGCGGCGCAUCAAACACCACCAUCGAGGACAUCGGCAAGUGUCCCUGGGUCAAAGCCAAUAUGGACAUAGCUGAUGUACCUACCUUCCUCGGGGGUGGUUGCGUAUGCCCUGCCGGCUGUGUGGAGGGUGUGGAUAACAAUAGAACGACCCACAUGGGCGACGACUAG